AUGGUGCGAAUCAAAUGGACGUUUACUCUUGUUAUAAUAUCAUUAACUCUCUUAACUACAGUGAUAACCGCGUUCCGUAUUCGUGACCUUAAAAAAACUACUUAUGAGAGUGUUUCAGAGUUUAAGAAAAAGCAUAAAUGUGAAAAUUGUGAUGUGAAUAAACUUGAAAUCGAUCGAACCUCGCCCGUGCAUAAAACCGAAAGUGAUAACAAAGAAAACAAACAAUAUCUCGACGACAAGAUACCCGAAAAAACAAAACGAUUUGACGAUGAAACCGAUGAAGAUAGUGACGAAGAUGACGAUGAAGGCAAUGAAAAUUUAAUUUAUCUUAAAAAACUUGCAUCAAAAUGGCAAGAUAAACAAAAAGCUUCCGGAAUAUAUAAUGACGUAGAAACAAAACUAAGUACAAGUAAGAAAAAAGUCAAUAUUGCUAGUUCACAUAGUAUACAAGUUGAUGAAAUUAAGAAGGAUAAUAAUGUUCAACACAGUGAAAGUGAAGAUAGUGAUAAUAAUGGUGAAAAUGACCGUGACGACGAUAAACGCGAUCAACAAAUGAGAGCAAGUGUAGUCAAGAAGAGAAAAGAGAUUUCCAAGGAUGUUCAGUUUAAACCAUUACAACGUACAAAGGUAGAGGAUGAAGACAGUGAUGUUGAGGAUGAUGAAGAUGAUGAAAAUGAUAAUAUGCCUAUUAAUAAUGACAAAAAUGAAACAAAUUUCGAUAAACCUUUUUUAAAUGCGGAAAUGGAUAAAAAUCCAAAACCUUUAAAAAAUGAAAAAUCAGUUAUAAAAGAUGAGAUCCCUAAAAUCAAAGAAAUAGAUGCUGAAAAAGUUGUCGAACCCAAUCAAAAGAUAAAAAAGCAGCAAACACCAAUACAAUCUACUAAUAAAAAUAUCCUGAAAAAAGAAAGAGAACCGAAAGAUAAAAACAUCGGAAAAAUACAAGAUAUACCUUCCGCAAACGAUCAAGAGGAAAUUAAAUUAGAUGAGGUUUUAAGAAGUGACUUUAAGAAACCGAAAGAAAAACUGCCUAUUGGGAUUACCGCAAAAGAUAAGCUCGAAAUUAAAAAAGUCGAUGAAGAAUUAAAAGUCACAACAAUAUCAAAAGACAUAAAAGGGCCAAGGCAAGAAAUUGACAAAAAUGGAAGUCAAGAAGAAAAUCGUUUAAAGCACGUUACGAAUGCCUCAUUCAGACGAAACUUACUGAAAAGUGAAUUUGAGGAUUUCUAUGCGUUCUUUCCAACUUUUGCUCCAAACUUUACACGCGUUCAGAAUCCUGAGUGCAGGCGUCAUGGGCAAAUCCUUCUUAGACAACUACGUGGUUCAAAGUUAUGGGCGUUAAACAUGCUCGACGCAACUGGCAAGGUUCCCUCGGGUAUACUUCAAGGCAAUGGUAUCCAACUGGGUAACUUUGACCAGUGCUUAGGAAGUCAAGCUCGCGUUCAACUGGAUACCGGAAGUGUGGUUAGAGUGCAAGGAAAAUACUGUCUAGCUCGAAUCGACCUUAAAGCUGAACACCCCGAUUUGGAGAUACCGGUGCAUUUGGCGCAAGCUAAGAACUUAAUCAAGAGUCGAAUCGAUGAUCCAGGUCACUUUGUACCACGUUUCUCAACACUGAGUUGGGGAGUCUGCGUCCCUUCGCCAUGCAGUCCUGAAGACGUUGAGGGCAUUGUAAGAGAUGCCAUCAAGCAUUAUCAAUAUAGUAGUGGAGUUUCAAUACGGGUUAGAGUCGAUCAUCGGGAUUGCCAAAUGCAAAGAAAACAGGCUUGGUGGGAAAAGUGGCUGGGGAUCCCGACCCUUUUGACGUUGUCGAUAUAUGGUGUCGUCAUUUUGUUAGUGCUGAUAGCAACCGCUCAGGACUUUAUUGCUAAAAGGAAAGUGGAGGAAAGUAAUACAAACACAACAAAAGAAAGGCCAGGAUAUAAUAAAACUAAUACGGAAAAUGAAGAAAAAACUGCAGAUGACAAACAAAGACCAGAUGACAACAUAAUAAGCGCGUUCUCACUUUACCGUACGGUCAAAAAGCUAGUUGCUCCAGCAACAUCGGAUGAGAUCUCUUGCAUACACGGAGUUCGUGCGAUUGCCACUGUUGCGCUGUUGGUGGCUCAUAAGUUUCUGCCUGUUGCCGUCACGCCUUACACAAACAGGGUGAAGAUAAGCGAGGUUGUGAGUUCACCACUCUGGUCAUGGUGCCGUGCGGGCUGGAUAUUCACUGACUGCUUUUUACUACUUAGCGGGACACUUACGGCGCAUCGAAUAUCAAGUGACAAAGGUUCUGGAGCAUUUAAAAGGAUCUUGUCCAGAUAUCUUAGAUUAACCCCCGCAUUGCUUGCUGUGCUGGUAUUCUAUGCAUAUAUUUGGAACAACGUUUCUAUCGGACCCAUGUGGGGAGCGCUUGUAACGAAAAAUGUGGAGGUGUGUCAAGAAGGCUGGUGGUGGAAUGUUCUAUACUUGCAGAAUUACUUCGGAUUUGAGGAUAUGUGCGCCCCUCAGACCCAUCAGCUGGCUUUGGACAUGCAGCUGUCUAUUUUAGCGGGUCUUGUCGUUUGGGCAAUGCAGUCGGAUUUGCCCAUGUUAAGGGCGCUUGUACCGACACUGCAUGUGUGGACUGCUUUCUCAAGGUAUAAAACAGCCAAAGAACAUCGCCUCACACUGCUGGCUUACCAUGGCGUCAGUGUAAGCCAACUGUACAGAACGGCGAGGCUGAGCUACACGUCUGUGAUCCACCGCUCCACUCCAUACUUGAUCGGGCUAAGCCUCGGGCUGACUCUCAAGAAUAAUACCUAUCAUAGUAGAGUAUUAAUAACGUUUGGCUGGUUAUUCAGCGGAUUGCUAUGGUUUCUUCUAUUAUGGGCUGGCUUUGAUUCUGGUUCACAUCAGUAUCGAUACAGUGUAACAUUUGCUGCCCAAUACGCCGCGUUGGCACCGAUUGCGUCGGCUUUGGCAAUCGCAUGGUUAAUAUAUGCAGUGCACGGCGGUUAUUGUGAUUUCCUGAAAAACAUUCUGUGCAGCCGUCCGUUAACUCUCAUAAGUCGCCUUUCUUAUGCCCUUUACCUUUGUCAGUUCAUUGUGUUUCUGACAAAUGCGGCUACAAUUAGGACGUCCAGUGAGUUUAGCUUAAUAUCACUGAUUAAUAUCCAAGAAAUAUCGCUCAUAUUUCUAUCAUCACUUUUGCUGACAUUGACAUUUGUUAUACCCAUGCAAUCUCUACCUAAGAUCCUUUUUUCGAUUUCGAAUUAUAAAAACGACGUAAAAAAUAAGAAAGCGGGUUUAGAUUUGAAAAAAUCUCAAGGCGAACCCGAAUGUCCUUUAAAAAACGAAAAUGCUGUUGAAACUCCAACAGUGCGAAACAGGCAAACCCUAGUAGCUCACAGAGAAGUGUUAGAAGAUAUACCAGAAGCAGAAAUAGAAUAUGAAUACAGAAGAGAAUUAAUUGAUGGAUUGGAUGAAAUCUUAGAAGAAGAAGAAGAUGCAGAAGCUGUUGUUGAAGGUCAUAAUUGUUUAGAUGAAGAAGAUCUAGAAAUAAUCGAAGAAGAAGAACAGGGUGGAAAUGAAGAUUUUUGGAUAAACAGACAAGACAAUGCUCAAAGGAGACCAUAUUCAAGAAAUAGUGAUAGGGAUCUUGAUGAUUGGGAGGUAACUGGAAAUGGAAAUGGUCAAGACGGUGCUCAAAAUUAUCGAUACUCCCGGGAACGAUGA